CAAUUGGUGGCUAGCAGCAGCUAACGGGAGCUGGGAACUGAGGACGGUUGGCUAGCCAUGCAAUAAAUAUUACAGCAUCACACUGCGCUGGCAUUUUGUUUAAAAAAAAUUGCACUGACAGACUAUUUAGUAAACUAGCUACAGUGCAUGAAUACUGGACGCUCUCACAGACGCUCGGAAUGACGGACAGCAUCAUGAGCAAAGCGGCCACCAUGGAGAUCCCCAUCAACAGCAACGGGGACACGGGGACCCUGCCUGAGGACGACGGCCUGGAACAGGCUGCACAGAUAAAAUGGAGCUUAGAUGAGAAGGUAGGGCAGCCCAGGUUGACCAGGGACCUCCAGCAGGUGAUGGUGUCCGGUCCCAACCUGAAUGAGACCAGCAUAGUUUCCGGGGGCUAUGGAGGCACGGCCGAGGGCAUUAUUGCCACCAGCUCCAUCAAAGACCUGCGCAUGAAGCCCCGGGGGUUUAGCAUCCCUCCCAGCCAGUCCGCAGCCAGUUGGAUAGCCAGCCAAUCAAAGGACACUCGAGGGUCCAGCAUGCAUCACAGCGGCAGCAGCCAAUCGAUGACGGCCGAGGAGGUCUCCCGCGGCGUUGCCGUGGAGAAGUUCGACAUCAUGAAGAAGUGGGGCAUCAACACCUACAAGUGUACGAAGCAGAUGAUCUCUGAGCGGUUUGGGCGGGGCUCGCGGACGGUGGACCUGGAGCUGGAGGCCCAGAUCGACGUCCUGCGUGACACCAAGUGCAAGUACGAGAGCAUCCUGGGGCUGGCGCGGGCGCUGACCAACCACUUCUACAACAUGGUGCAGACCCAGCAUGCACUGGGGGACACCUUCGCCGACCUCAGCCAGAAGUCCCCAGAGCUGCAGGAUGAGUUUGGGUACAACGCAGAGACACAGAAGCUGUUGUGUAAGAACGGGGAGACUCUGCUUGGCGCCAUCAACUUCUUCGUGUCCGGCAUCAACACACUGGUCAACAAGACCAUGGAGGACACCCUGAUGACCAUCAAGAUGUACGAGAACGCAAGGCUGGAGUUCGACGCGUACCGCGCGGACCUGGAGGAGCUGAACAUGGGGCCGCGGGACGCCGCCACGCUGGCGCGCAUCGACACGGCGGAGCAGCAGUACCAGAUCCACAAGGACAAGUACGAGAGGCUCCGCAGCGACGUCACCAUCAAGCUCAAGUUCCUGGACGAGAACAAGGUGAAGGUCAUGCACAAGCAGCUCCUCCUCUUCCACAACGCCAUCUCCGCCUACUUCGCCGGCAACCAGCAGCAGCUGGAGCAGACCCUCAAGCAGUUCAACGUGAAGCUGCGGCCGCCGGGAUCGGACAAGCCGUCCUGGCUGGAGGAGCAGUGACCCUCAGGCCCCCCCCCGACCGACCCGGGAAACGCAUACGGACCGAAACGAGGAGCAGUGACGGACCCGGGACCCGAGAACGCUAACGGACCGGAACGAUGGGCGCACGGACGCACGGACGGACAGACGGACAGAUGAACGCGGGACAGAGCGACAGACAGCGGCAGUCGCAGGGGGAGGAGGCCAUCGACGAGGGAACGAGACUCGCCGUCCGUCUCUCCCCCCCCCCCCUUUUCUCUGCCUCCCUUCUCCUCUUCCCUUCUCCGGGAUCUCUCCAUCUUUCUGUUUACAGUGCACACUCCAUCCCUACGUGUCAGUGCUGAAAGGUGUUUUCUUUUGGGGUUUUCGUUUUUUUUUUUUUUUUUUUGGAGAGGGGUCCCCAAUCUCAUGAAACGUGAAUAACAGACGCUUACAGCUUCUUCUGUUGUGUUGUAGUAAAGUAGUGGAUGUUGCUGGAGGUCUACGGGGCUCCAGAAGAUCGGUAGGACUGCGCUCCUCCUCCAGUCAGUUCCCCUCCUGUUGUCUCGGAAUGGGCCAGUGAGCGGCCAUCUUGUCAUCAUGUUCCUCACAGGUUUUAAAAAGGUCAAAACGCUACAGGAAAUGGAGACUUUAGAGCACUAAAUGUGGCAGCUGCAUGGUAUUUGACAGGAAGAGGAAACAUGGACUUACUAGAGUGGAAUUAUUUGUAAUGCGGGAUGUUUUAAUUUGUUUUUUCCAUGUUUUUUUUUUUAACCCACAGAUGAUAAUAUAAUCUAUAUUGUAUGUUUGUUUGUUUUUUAUCUGCACGAGGAAGGGACUGUCUUCUCUGUGUAUAUUUUGCCACAUGAUAUUUAGAUAAAUAAUAAUAUAAAUGCAACUCGUCCCAAACCAUAAAUUGGGUGAUAUACAGUGAGCACCAUAAAAUACCUUUUGGGUUUGAGGCUUGGUAUUAAAGCCUUAUUUUUAACACAUGAAGCAUUAACCCAAGAAAGAUUCAGAGGUAUUUUAGCUGAGUAUUAGAUGGAAUUAUUUUGAUAAUGGAAAAACUAAGCAUCCACUAUAUUCAACAUAAAGUACUCCAUAGACAUUAAACAUAUAAAAAUACAGUAAGGUUAUUUAUAGGCAUUUGUGAGAUAAAUCCAAUUUCAAAUGGAAAAUGAGUACUUGGUAAAAUCUUCGGUUAAAACACAUGGGGACAAAAGUUUUUUAAGUAUAUACAAUACAUAGAACAGUAAAUUACACAGCAUGUCCAGUCAAAACUGCUGAAAGGCUCAGUGCACUUUUGGUUCAAAGUCCUCUCUUAUAAAUCUAAAAUACACACCCUUCAUCUCUGUCCUUGGUUCCAUUUCUAAGCAUUGUUGGGAUUCAGAGAGGCUAUCCUUUAUGUGACAUUUACCAUAUAUACGGUAAGGCAGGAAGUCUUCGACCGCAGUGCGGUUGGAUGGUAGAGAAUUCAGUCCUCCUAUUGGUUCAUGGCCAUUGUGUCACUCCACCUCCUGUGUCUCCAGGGUCUGAUUGGAGUUGCCCAGACGCCUGUCCCCUGUGCCUAAUGUUUAGCUGAGCAUCACGGCAUCGAGGAUGAGAGUAGUUAAACUUGGUUUAACCACAGGGUCAUAAAGUCUUAAUGGGUGCUGACUCGGAUGAGCACUAACCCAAGGUCUGUGCAUAAAAACAGUGCAGCGAUCAGAACCCAAAGGGAGAAUCCGGUCGGUCUAUGUUUCAAUUUGGAUAACGUAUCGCUUGCAGUGCAUACGAGCAAUGUCUCCUCUUGAUUGAUUAUCAGUCAACUCGUUUCAGAACCUGAAAUAUAGCAUAGAAGCUGCACAGGCCCAAGGCAGGAUCGAUUUUAUUUUUUUAUUUUUUUAUUUUUUAUUUUUUUUGAAGAAAAGCCCCCAAAAAUGUGAUUGAUGGAACACCCGGAUGGUUCUGAGCUUUUAGCCUUUUUGCACAAGGGGAGGUAAUAAGGGUUUUCAAAAAUGACAUAUCUGUUGUGUUCUGUUUAGUCUCACUGUAUCCUGUCCUUGUUCCAUGUCUGUUUUCACUCUAUUUAACAUAGUAGCUGGCAUGCUUAGGAAGGCAUUGUUAUUCAGCCAAAAUAUCUGAGCUCUUAACUGAACAACAGCUCGAACCACAGUGUGACUAAUCGUAAUGUUUCACCCUUGAUGAAUAUGUACAUUAGCGCUCUGGUUUGCUCUUGGGCGGUCAGCCGUUUGUUUGUUUGUUUGUGCGCUACUCACUGUUCCGACUGCGGUUUGAGAAGAUGCAUAUUGCCGAAAGGCUUUUGACAGCAUCUCGCAGCUUCCAUACAUUACAUUAUUGGCGUACAGUUGAUUACACUAAGCAGCAGCAAUGCAGGGUUAAGGGCCUUGCUCAAGGGCCCAGCGGCUGUGCGGAUCUUAUUGUGGCUACACCGGGAUUAGAACCACCGACCUUGCGUGUCCUUUACCUUAACCACUACUCUACAGGCCGUCCUACAUAUGGAAUGCUACAUCUAAGACUGUCUUCACCAAACACACGGUCCUGACCAUCGAGACUUGAUCAUCCGUGGUUACCCUUUGGUCACUCUUGUCUGAUGUCAGGUUCACUAUUUUCUGGCCAUCGUCUUGCUGCUUGAUUGAACCACAUUUGUUAACAAGAUCCAAAAACGCAAAACUCACAAAAGGUUAAAAAAAAAACUUGUUCUGUUCUAAUCUGUACACUUCACUCCGAAUAUGCCUUCUGAGUGGUGAUGUUGGUUUUUUGUUGUUGUUGCAAUCUUAUGUACACUCACCUACUUAUUCAUGUGAUUAUCUAAUCAGCCAAUCGUGUGGCAGCAGUGCAAUGCAUAAAGUCGUGCAGAUACGAGUCAGAAGCUUCAGUUAAUGUUCAACCAUCAGAAUGAAGAAAAAAUGUGAUCUCAGUGAUUUCGACUGUGGCAUGAUUGUUGGUGCCAGACGGGCUCAAAAAC